UCAGGCACCGCCCAGACAGCUGCGCCCGGGCCGGCUGGCGGGGUCCUUUUUCACUGGGCUGUGGAGGAUUAGCUGCCAACAUGCCGACUGUCGGAGUGAAAAGGGAUCUUCUCUUCAGAGCUUUGGGCAGAAAAUACACUGAUGAGGAGUUUGACGAGCUGUGUUUUGAGUUUGGACUGGAGCUGGAUGAAAUUACCUCAGAGAAGGAGAUAUUAAUCCGAGAGCAGGGUGACUCCAAGGCAUCCGGAGCUUCUGACGUCAUCUUGUACAAGAUCGAUGUGCCAGCUAACCGCUAUGACCUGCUGUGUCUGGAGGGGCUGGUCCGUGGUCUGCAGGUCUUCAAGAACAAGAUGGAGGCACCUCGCUACACACGUGUCAGCCCAGUCAGCGGCGAGCGUCAGAAGCUGAUCAUCACUAAGGAGACAGCAGAGGUGAGACCCCAUGCUGUGGCAGCAGUGUUGAGGAACAUCACCUUCACGCAGCAGCGCUAUGACAGCUUCAUUGAGCUGCAGGACAAACUCCAUCAAAACAUCUGCAGGAAGAGGAGCCUGGUGGCGAUCGGGACUCAUGACCUGGACACCAUCUCUGGUCCUUUCACCUACACAGCCAAACCCCCUGGAGACAUCUGCUUCAAACCUCUGAACCAGACCAAAGACUUCACGGCCACUCAGCUCAUGAGCCUCUACAAGACAGACAGCCACUUGAGGCAUUACCUUCACAUUGUUGAAGACAAGCCUGCGUACCCUGUCAUCUACGACAGCAACGGCAUCGUCCUUUCCAUGCCUCCCAUCAUCAAUGGAGACCAUUCAAAAAUCAGCCUAAAGACAAAGAACGUCUUCAUCGAGUGCACGGCCACAGAUGUGACCAAGGCCAAGAUUGUUUUGGACAUGAUGGUGACCAUGUUCAGCGAGUAUUGUUCACAGCCUUUCACGGUAGAGGAGGCUGAGGUGGUCUACCCAGAUGGCAAGACCUGCAUAUACCCAGAGCUGGCGUACAGGACGGAGAAGUUGUCCAGCGAGUUCAUCAACCGCAAAGUUGGCAUCAAUGAAUCAACUGAGAAAAUCGCCCAGUUGCUGACCAGGAUGUGCCUCCGCUCCCAGGCUACUGGUGUUGGUGAUGAGUUGGAGGUCGAGAUCCCACCCACACGCUCAGAUGUCAUCCAUGCUUGUGAUAUCAUGGAAGACGCGGCCAUCUCCUACGGUUUCAACAACAUCACUCACACCACACCACGCACCUACACCGUAGCCAACCAGUUCCCACUGAAUAAACUGACAGAACUGUUGAGACAGGACCUGGCAGCUGCUGGAUUCACAGAGGCCCUCAACUUUGCCCUGUGUUCUCAAGAAGAUAUAGCAGACAAGCUUGGUAAGAAGAUUUCAGAAAUCAAGGCUGUGCAAAUCUCCAACCCCAAGACAGCAGACUUCCAGGUGGCGCGCACCACCCUGCUGCCAGGGCUUCUGAAAACCAUAGCUGCCAACAGGAAGAUGCCCCUUCCCCUCAAACUGUUUGAGAUCUCUGAUGUGGUGAUGAAGGAUGAGAGCAAAGAUGUUGGAGCGAGGAACAGCCGGCGUUUGUGUGCUGUGUAUUACAAUAAGAGCCCGGGCUUCGAGGUGAUCCACGGCCUGCUAGACCGAACCAUGCAACUGCUGGAGGUGAAGCCUGCCCGGGACGAGGGCUACCACAUCCAGGCUGCAGACGAUUCCACUUUUUUCCCAGGUCGCUGUGCAGAGAUCUUUGUCCAUGGAAAGAGUGUUGGCCGCCUCGGAGUUCUCCACCCAGACGUCAUCAACCGCUUCGAGCUGACCAUGCCCUGCUCGGCCCUGGAGAUCGACGUCGAGCCCUUCCUUGGCCACACUGCUGAAACCCUCCUCACACACCAAGUCCCCAUGCAGGAAGUCAUCGAGCACAAGUUCCCCACGCAAAAUGAAUCCCGGCAGGCACCGGCUUCCUGCCCAACAUCUACAAAAACUGUGUUUGGUGACAUGAGCACGCCAGCUGCUCUUAAAGCUCUUGAUGAUUUUCUAGCAGACAAAAGCUACAUGGAAGGCUUUUCAGCAUCUCAAGCCGACGUGGCGAUGUUCGAUGCCAUCCCUUCUGCUCCCUCAACGACCCUCUGCCACCUCCUGCGCUGGUACAAGCACAUCCAGUCCUUCCGGAGAGAAAGAGAGAGCCUCCCGUCAGCAAAGAGUCAGUUUGUCCUCCCAGCUUCAGCCUCGACUAAUGCCCAUAGUGAUGAAGAUGACGACGAUAUUGACCUCUUUGGCUCGGACGACGAGGCAGACAGCGCAGAGGCGUCGAGAAUCAAGGAGCAGCGCCUCGCGGAGUACGCUGCCAAGAAGUCCAAGAAGCCAGCUCUGGUCGCCAAGUCCUCCAUCCUGCUUGACGUCAAGCCCUGGGACGACGAGACGGACAUGGCCAAGCUGGAGGAGUGCGUCCGCAGCGUCGUCAUGGACGGACUGCUUUGGGGGCAGUCCAAGCUCGUCCCGGUGGGCUACGGCAUCAAGAAGCUCCAGAUUGGCUGCGUAGUGGAGGAUGACAAAGUGGGUACCGAUCUGCUGGAGGAGGCCAUCACCGCUUUUGAGGACUAUGUUCAGUCUAUGGACGUGGCUGCUUUCAAUAAGAUCUGAAUCAUGCACCGAGUAAACUCACUGAGUGGUACCAUCUGAGGUGUUCUGGUCUUAACUUGAGACAUAGGUGAUGCUGUAUCGAACACAAUGUUCAGUAGCCAUCUUUGUAACCAAUAAAUAACCAAAGCUCAGGUCCUGCAUUUAACAAAAUCCUUGGUACAAAAGAUUCUUGCCUCAAACAUCAAAUAAAACUAUUUUAAUGAUUGA